AUGGCUAUGAGACCACAAUAGAGGUUGGCCAUCUUCUAUUGAGUGUUGUUUGGAUGUAUUCCAAGAAGGUUGAUUGUCUCUUCCAUGACUGCCGUACCGUCAAUGAUAUGAUUAAGGCCUUUGAUGCCCAAAAGCACCUUGUUGAUUUGCCUGUUAAUAAAAAACAAGCACCACUUCAAGCUAUUACUCUUCCAGAGACACUUGAUCUUGAUGUCUUCCAAGAUAUGACAGAUGUUUUGCAUCCUGAUUCGGGAGACCAACCAAUGGAUGAGGAUUUCAUCCUUCAUCCUGCCAUGGAUGCCAAUUUCCAAGGCGUAGAACAGAAUUCAACGGCAGCUUUUCAAGAUCCUGGUCCAAAUAAUCAGACUGAAGAACCUAAUGUCAUUUUUUAUGACAGUUUCCCUCAAGAUUUUCCAGAAAUUGAAGUCAGGCGUGAUGCAGUCCAUGAUAUUAGCAAUGAAGGCCUGCCUCCAAGGCAUCCAGAUCAGAGAUAUGAUGUGACUGAAACAACAGCCUCGUUGGAAAAAAAUUUGGAUAAUAAGGGGAUUCAUACUCGAAGUCUCAUGAGCUUGUUGACUUCUGGAGGAGAGUCUAUGCCAUUUCAUGGGCCACCAACCUCUGCUUCUCUAGAGUCCUCUGGGAUUUUCUUUGUUUCAGAGUUUCGUUGUUUCUGUGCCUCAGCACAUGAAUCGCCUCAACUUACCGUUCAACUGUCUCCACCAGUACAGCUGCCAAAAACGAGACGUAGACCACAGAGGAGGAAAAUGGAUAGGUCUGUGAAGAAGGCAUGUAAAGAUCCUAGCAAUCUAUUACAGAAGAGAAGGAAAGUCCAUCCCUCUGCCUUGGCUGUUGGCAACCCAAAUAACUGUCUUAGAAGGGAAAAGGAAACUGAAUGUCUUCCAGAUGAUCAAGACAGUGCUUAUGACAAUAUUUUACAUGAAUUUGAGCCCUCCCCUUCUAGGCUGCUGCCUUCUCCUGUAAGGGGUCAUUCAUCUCCACUAUCAAUUAGCGGUUCUGCUGAGGCAGAUGAUCUUUACUUUCUUGAAGCAGAUAAUAAUUCCCCAAAUGCAUGCUUAUUGCAGAAUCCCAAGCCGGUCAAGGACUUAUUCCUUAUCUGUGAGAACGAGAGCAGUGGCUUAAUAUUUGAAGAGGCAGCCGCCCAUCUCAGAAAACUUAACUGUAGAUCUCAGUUUGAACAAGACGUUAGAAGGAAAAACAAGAAGUUAUGUGCUCGAAUGUUUUACCAGACAUUUGUGUAUUUCAGAAGACUCAAACCUCUAACUGUGAAAUUUCCCUGAAAUAAAAUAGAGGGUUCUCAUACUAGUGCUUUCUAUUUCCCAAAGCAGCAAUAAUUUAAUUUUUUAUUUCUUGUGAUAUUAUGCGUCCCUGAUAAUCUGAUAUUGAUAGACCAAAUACAGGUUUUUAAAGAGUUAUGGGCUUAUUGAUGUACAACAAGAAAGAGCAUAUGAAGAAAUCACUUCCAAGUUGAACCCAAUGCUUUCUGAGCCCCAAAUAUGAGAAUGGAAGUUUACCAAACGAGGGAUUU